ACGAGCAUGGAGAAACAGUAUCCGACACAACCUAUCUCUGAAUGAAUGCUUCAUCAAAGCAGGACGUGCUGACAGCGGGAAAGGCAACUAUUGGUCAAUCCACCCAGCAUGCAUUGAGGAUUUUUCUAAAGGGGAUUAUAGGAAACGAAAUGCCAGACGUCGUAAUAGGGGUGGUUCAAAGGGCCUGAAGACACAACAGCCAAACACACCCUACCCUUACCAACAGUAUGUACCCAUGUCUUCAGAUACCCUCAGCUACCCUCCUCCAAUGGCAUACCCCUAUCAGAUUCCCUCAGUUCCCCAGAUGUCCCUAGUUCCCCAAAUGCCCUCAGUUACCCAGAUGCCCUCACAACCGCAACUGCAAACAUCUACAAUCAGUUGCAUGGGUAAAUAUCAACAGCCAAUGCCAAUAACUUAUGGGCCACAAAUUAGCGUAACUGGUUCUCUAACUAACCCUUACAGUUCAAAACCAAGAGCCACCAUCCACUAUGAGCCUCAGACAUCACUUCCAAAUAUGGACAUUUACAGAGCACCAUACAACUAUCUAUCAAGCAACAAUGGUUACCAUAGCAACAUGUCUAUGAUACAUUACCCAUCAGUCAACAAAGGAGGCUAUUAGUAACCUUUCAUUCAACCAUUGGACAACCAUGAAUAUUUUGCCAACUCAGAGAGCCUGUUGUCAAAUUCUAACUUACACUAAUUAACAGUAUCUUGUAGCAUAUCAUUGAACAGUCAUUAACAGUUUAUCCAUGAUAAGAUGUACUAUUCUAGUAGAACAGUUUCAUGUUUUAAAAUUGCCAAGAACAGUAGUUUGCAAGAGGCCACAUAGAGCUGUGGUUUGAAGUAUGUAGAUUUGGUGUGUAGAAUAAAUAUACAUGUAGAUACAAUAACUUUUUGUUACUUUCAUAUUUACCUAUAUGUUGUUUGAUAAUCCAGGUCCUUUAAGUUAAUAUUUUUCAUUUUAUUUGAGUUACAAUUAUCCCACACAGACACCACAAGGCAUAUAUGUUUGGUAGGAUAAUGUAACUUGAUAUCUGAAGGUACAAACAAAUCCCCAUAUUAAUCUGACAAGAACUGGUAUCUUUAUCCUGGCUAGGACCACGGACAGUUCAGGCCAGCACAUGUAGAACUGUGUAUUAUUAUAUUAAACAAUGAAUGGUUAUUGAAUUCACAUUGUUAGCUUAUAUGAGCUAGGCCACAGGAAAAGGGGUCUUAUCUCAGAUUUUUUCAAUAUUCUGAUUUUUUGUUCAUCUUAUAAAGCACAAAGAGACCUUUCAAAUGAGCCAUGGCUUAUGUCUUAACUAUUUUUCCUUGC